CGAGAAUUGGGUGUGUAUUAUUAACUUAAUUUUGCUUGGGUUUUCCCCUUUCGGAUCUCCUCCAUUUAUACAUGGGCUCUAGACAAUUAAGGUAAUGCAUAAUCAAUGGAAUCUCUCCCGUCAACGGCGCGAUCCUCUUUUUCCGGCUUCGUCUCCGUCAUUCAGUUCCGUUCCCUCCUCAGGAUUGACUCUGCCAGCUGUUCUUGGACUGGAAUUGACCAGGCUUAGCUCCAUGGGCCGGCCCAAACCUAGGUCAGUUCCCUUUCUCGCCGCCAUGAUUGUUUCUGAUUCCGAUUCGGCCACCCCAUCGUCUAAUUCUCGCCAAGCCGAUCAAUCGGCCUCUGGCCGCACCCCAAGCCACACUCAAUCGUCUCGGCCGUCGCCGUCGGUGCCUAGCCAAAAGCGGCACCGAUUGAGAAAGCAAUUUCCCUCCUCGACCCCGGUGAAUGAGGGCUCGAGGGUUAAAUUGGACGAGAACAUAAUGGCGUUGUGCCAUUGCCAGAUUACUGACCGGGGUUUCGCCGAUGCUACUGACAUGGUUGGACCCUCAAUCGAGGUCCAAAGACCUACCAGGACCCAGACCGCUCUAGACGCUCCUUCGGGGUUUUUCACAGUCCAUCUGGCGUCCCUGAAGAAAGAGCUGCGAUUCCCCCUCCAUCCACUGUUGAUUGAAUUCCUCAAUGUGGUGGACCUCCUUCUUUGCCAACUGGUCCCCAACUCUCACCGGUAUAUCGCCGGUUACUUGGUUAGGUGCAAGGCUGUAGGGGUGAAGCCCACCUUGGACCACUUCUUGUUCACUUUUAAGCUGACCAAAGGCCACAAGGAUUGGGCGUCCUAUGCUAGCCUUUCCCAGAGGUCUAGUAAACUCUUCGCCAGUGACAAGAAGGGGUCAACCAAGGAUUGGAAGCCUUUCUUUGUUUUCGUCUCGACGGGGCCCAAAUCUCCUUUCACAGGUUCAGGGCGCCCCUCCUUCCGUCGCAUCCCAUGCCCCCUGUCUGAUGCCACCCUUUUGUCCAUCAUCCGUCAACUCUGCAAUAAGGGAGUCAUGAACAUCAAAGAGGUGGUGACAGAGGAGUCCCUUGCCGGGUUAGGGUUUGAGUUUGUCCAGGAUGAGCUUCGUCACCAACCUGACAUGCUGAGGGACAUUCCCGGGGGGCACCAGCCUGACCAGCUAAGGGACAUUCUUGAGGAAGGUCUUGACUGUGGCCCUUUUGUUGAAUUACAAGAUUUAGGAGAAGAGAUGGACGGCGAUCUUCUGCUCAGCCGCUUCACAGCAGGAAGGAAGAGGAAGAGAGAGGCGAAGGGCCAAGGCAAGCAUUCUUCCUCCCACCGAGAGGAAAGUUCUUCUCGUGAGCCGGCUGUGAUUGUGGUGGAGGACCAAGAUGAUGUGGCCCUGGAAACAGAUACAACGACGGGCCAUUCCCCUCCGCACUCUUUAAUGCAAGGCGGCGACCUCGCUGGAUCGUCCCAAGGUGUUGCCUUGGAGCGACCUCCUUCGUCGCCCGCAGUAACCUACGAGGUGGCGACCGGGGGUCGCUCAACGAGGCUCUGCAUUCCUCCUCCGCCCCAAAGUCUAGGGGACGUGCAGCUGGAGACCCUGAUCACCCUGCCCGCAGAAGAUCAGGCCCGUAUCUCAGCCGGUUCUGAGGACGACCUUGACAACAUGGUUCUUCUGAGGCUUAGCCAAGACACGUUGGGGAUGAUUGAGGUGGUUGGCAGGAAACGAGGCCGCCAAGCCGCCGCAGAUGAAGCUGUGAAGGCAGCGGAGGCCAAGCAGAAGGAGUUACAGGAGGAGGUCGCCCGCCUCACAAGGGAGUUGGAGGAGAAAAAUAGCCGCUGUGCCACUCUUGAGCAGUUGGAGGUGGAGAGGAGCGACCGAGCCCGCCAUGCUGAAGAAGCGAUCGAGUCCUUCAAAUUUUCUCCCGAUUUCACAGCGGUCGCUCUGGAGCAAAUGGACAAGAUGAUAGCCGAAUGGCUCAAGACUGAACCUGGGGCUCAAUGGAUGGUCAAUGAGGGGACCAAGUCUUUCAAUUGUGGGCUCUUUCGCGCCCAACAGGUCUUCCGAGACAGGCUAUCCCAGCUCCCCAAAGGAUUCUCUUUCCCUGACCUCGGCUUUCCUCCUCCCUGUCGCUCCUUGCCCGAGUUCGACCCCAGUCCUUACUUGGACGGAGAGAGCUCGAGCGCCUCUGAAGAAGAAGAAGAAGAAGAAGAAGUAGAUGGACAGGGCGACCAGAAUCCAGGGGCCAGCCUAGCCACGUCUAAGACGGGUGGAAACCCCAGCUCGAGCAUCUAACCUCCUCUGUUGUCCUCUUUCAACUUUGUCAAACACUUAUAAUUUUUUCUUUUUGAAAUGAUAUGUCGUUUUGAUACAGUGCUCCCCUGUUUUGACAAAAUACCUGACUUGCUGGGUUUACCGUGUGCUUUUUCCUUUAAUUAAUCUUGAUAACAUGG